AAAGCCAUACUCCUAAAGAAAAAGAAGAAGUAAAUAAAAAUAAAAUUGCCUUUAUGUUUUUUUAGUGACAUCCGCGUUGAUCCCUUAUUUACAGUGAAAUUAAGGUAUAACAAUUGAAAUUGUUGUACUCUAAUAACAACUAAAAUUAAGCAUGAUACAUGACUCGCUGCUGAUUCUGUGGGAUUGUUCUCAGAGUGCACAUAUCUCUCAGACAAAACCUGUAACAUAUGCCAAUGAGGGAGAUGCAGAAAUUUAUAACAGAAUACACAACAUUGCUAAAAACCAUAGUAAAAUACAAAGUUUUAUACUGGAGGCAUCAUUCCAUGCUAGAAAAAUUCUGACAGCCUCAGAUCAUAGAUCAUACGGACUGUAUGGCCAAGCACUUAGUGAAGGCAUGUCAGAAAUACUCCAGUCAUAUAAAAAGACUUUAAAGGAUGUAGAAGUUUUGGUUAUUGGCAACAAGAAUUAUACACUAUCAUUUGUAUACAGUCAUGUGGAAAAGUUUCAAGGGUUAUUUAUGACACUGAAUAAGAUUAUAAGGACAAUUAAGGAAAGGAGACUGACUGGCUGCCAAAUAUUGAGUCUCAUACAUCAGUAUAUUUUAAAUGGAGAUAAAUUUGUGCAUGAAGCUAUCUUGCAAAUAUUUUCUUAUGUCAAUACAGUAUUUAUAAAUCAGCUGUGCACAUGGCUGUUGUAUGGUCAUUUAAGAGAUCCUUAUGAGGAAUUUUUCGUUUAUCAAACUAAGAAAAAUGAUGCUUCUGAUACCUUUGUUUCAUCGCAAUCUACAACAAAUACAUGUGACAAAUCACUUGUUUCAACAUUGCAACAAACAUUAGAUUGUGGUUAUAACCUCAAUCCCACCAUGAUACCGUAUUUCAUACCACUAUCAUUAGCUCAGGAAAUAUUGUUUAUUGGCAAGACAGUCAUAUUGUUUGGUUUUGAUCCUAAGAAAGUUAAGAAGAGCAAUAGUUUUACUAUAAACAGGCCUAUGUUGACAUUACAAAAGAUUAACGCUGAUUCCAGAAGGUUUACUAUUUGGGAGGAAAACGAAGCUGAGUUUCAUGAUAAAUUGCAAAAAUUAAAAAAUCCUGAAAUAUUCGAAGUUAGUAACUUGAGAAGUGUUGUCAGAGAAAUCAAGGAAUGUGUUACAAAGCAUUUAUGGGCAGUUGCUGUGGAAGAAGCUCAACUCCUUCACGAACUGCGCCUAAUGAAGGACUUCUAUUUGUUGGGGCGAGGAGAGUUGUUCCUUGAAUUACUACGUCUCACUGCGCCUAUGCUGGAUAAGCCUACCGCAAGGACAUCGACCAGACAUAUGAACCACGCCUUCCAACUGGCAGCCAGGGCUGUAUUCCUCAGCAACAGCGCCGAUAUUGAGAAGUUCAGUUUCGAGCUACCGUUCGUCAAACCCAACAUGUCAGCCAAUUCCAAGAUUGACGACGAUAGCGGCAACACUGUUGAAGACGGUUGGUCCACCAUAAUUCUGAAGUACGACUUUAAAUGGCCACUGCAUCUCAUCUUCGCGCCGGAAGUUUUAGCGCGAUAUAACGAUAUGUUCCGACUUCUGUUGGUAAUAAAGAAGACACAACACAAUUUACACGUGCUAUGGAAGGCAUACAAGCAAUCUAAGAGAUUUUCAAUGUGUCAACUUCACAACAAACUGAUGUUUUUGAUGGACAACCUUCAACACUACCUCCAAGCGGAUGUGCUGGAGACUAACUUCUCACGUCUCAUGGAAGCUGUCAAUAAGACUAACGACUUUGAGAAAUUGAAGAAAGCACACGCUACAUUCCUUGCCGAUAUACUGAGCCAAUCGUUCUUGACUGUUACAUCGUCCGACAACGACUCUGGUGAUUUAUUGGACUCGCUUAACAACCCAGUGUUCUGCAAUAUCAUGGAACUUCUCAAACUGUGCGAUUCGUUCUGCAGCAUGAGCGAAAUAGGCUCCGACAAAGAAGCUGAAGAUUAUUACUUGCGAGGCUAUUCCGAACGGUACAACAAACUAGUGAAGCAGUUGAUGCAACUACUAGUGUCGUUUCGGGAUCGUCCGUGCGGAGUGUACCUGGCGAGGUUACUGAUGAGACUUGACUACAACCGAUGGCUCAGCGGCGAAGCUCAACUUACACAAUCAGUCACAAAUAUGCUGCAAUAUUGAAUACUUUUGUGAGAUAUAAACACACACUUCUCGAAAUUUUGGUCGAUCUUCUGUCAGCAGUGUGAACAGCUCGAAAAGAGAGCUUGAAGGAAUUUGCAUGUGGACAUACGCAUUUGCAAAAUAUUGCUCUAUCAGCUCACACAAUUGUUUCCAAAAAUAUGCUGAGAUGUUAUUUUUAACGGAUAUAACGCGUCUAGACUUCGUGAAGUUCUAUGGUAUCAAUUGGUAGCCUCGAAUUUUGGGUCGAUCACCUGACAGCAGUGUGUAUCAUCAUCAUUAUCAAUCCACUACUGGCCCACUACUGGGCAUAGACCUCCUAGAAUGAGAACGGUUUAGGCCAUAGUCAGGCCAUACACGCUGGCUCAGUGCAGAUCGUAGACUUUGAGAAUGUUAUGUAGAACCUUCAUGUAUCCAGGUUUCCUACACAGUUAAAGCAAGUGAUAUUUUGAUUGCUUACAUUAAGAACUCCGGAAAGGCAGAGCUCUAACCACUGGCA